CCGCCAAUAAAGUCUCCAAUCAGAACAGCUGUGCUUAGACCCGCUAUCAAUUAGCAUAGGUAAACAAGUUUUCUUCGCAGGCUUAUAAAUUGUAUUACUCAACAGAUGAAAGAUUCAGUUUAAUUUGACAAGAAAUUUAUGGCAGCAGCUAGACAGUUUGUUAAUAAAAGCUUCCUUUUGGCGCAGUUAAACAAGACUUCUGACUCCUACGUCCGCAAAAUGUCAACACAUUCUUUACCUAUUCUGUAUUCCUACUGGCCAAGCUCUUGUUCCUGGAGAGUUCGCAUAGCACUUGCAAUCAAGAAGAUAGAGUACGAAAUUAAGCCCACUUCUUUGUUAAAAACAGCCAGCGAUCAUGCCUAUACAGAGGAAUACAGAGCAGUAAAUCCCAUGCAAAAGGUUCCUUCCUUGAAAAUUGAUGGUCAUACACUUUGUGACUCGGUGGCCAUAAUGCACUAUCUGGAUGAAACUCGUCCUCAGCCUUCAAUCCUCCCUCAAGAUCCUGUUAAGAGAGCCAAAGUCCGAGAAAUUGUGGAACUCAUUGGCUCUAGCAUUCAGCCACUGCAGAAUAGCGCAGUCCUGAAUCACGUAGGAAAGGACAACAGUCUAGAAUGGGCUCAGCACUGGAUAAAUCGUGGAUUUCAAGGAUUGGAGAAAAUUCUUUCACAGUCGGCUGGGAAGUUCUGUGUGGGAGAUGAACUAACCAUGGCUGAUAUUUGUCUCGUGCCACAGGUUGGCAAUGCCAGAAGAUAUAAAGCUGACCUAAGUCCUUAUCCUACCAUAGUUCGCUUGGACGAAGAACUACAAAAACUAGAUGUUUUUAUAACAACUCAUCCCAACAGACAACCCGACUGUCCGCCGAAAUUCGCUCAGAAAUAGUAAGAACUUUAGAGCAUGGAUUGCUAAAGGUGUUUAAAUUGCAUUUAUUUUUUUUAUUAUAAAACGAUAUUUUAAAAUUUAUAAAAACA